GCCCCGCCCGGCUCUUCCGGCCGCGCCGCGGCCGCGCCGAUGGCGGUGAAUUACGCGGCCGGGCUGUCCCCGUACUCGGACAAGGGCAAGUGCGGCCUCCCCGAGAUCUUUGACCCUCCGGAGGAGCUGGAGCGGAAGGUGCAGGAGCUGGCAGAGCUGAUCCGCAGCUCCUCCCAUGUGGUGUUCCACACGGGGGCAGGGAUCAGCACGGCCUCGGGCAUCCCUGACUUCAGGGGCCCCAAUGGUGUCUGGACUAUGGAAGAGAAAGGGCUCUCCCCAAAAUUUGACACCACCUUUGAGAAUGCCAGGCCCUCCAAGACUCACAUGGCGCUGCUGGGGCUGCAGAGAGUGGGAAUCCUGAAAUUCCUGGUCAGCCAGAACGUGGACGGCCUGCACGUGCGCUCAGGAUUCCCACGGGACAAGUUGGCCGAGCUCCACGGGAACAUGUUUGUGGAAGAGUGCGUGAAAUGUGGGAAGCAGUACGUGCGCGACGCCGUCGUGGGCAGCAUGGGGCUCAAGCCCACAGGACGCCUCUGCAGCGUCACCAAGGCCCGGGGGCUGCGGGCCUGCAGAGGGAAGUUACGAGACACUAUUCUGGAUUGGGAAGAUUCCCUGCCCGACCGUGACCUGACGCUGGCAGAUGAAGCCUGCAGGAAAGCCGAUCUCUCCGUCACCUUGGGGACCUCUCUGCAGAUCAAACCCAGCGGGAACCUCCCAUUGAUCACCAAAAAGAGAGGAGGGAAGUUGGUCAUUGUCAACCUCCAAGCAACCAAACAUGACCGCCAGGCCGACCUGCGCAUCCACGGCUACGUCGAUGAGGUGAUGACCAAGCUGAUGAAGCACCUGGGGCUGGAGGUGCCCGAGUGGACGGGGCCGGUGGUGGUGGAGAGCGCCGAGCUGGCCAAGGGCGAGCAGCUGCAGGGGCGGCUGAAGGAGGAGCCCCUGGGCCAGCACAACGGCACGGCGGCGCCGCGUGCCGGGAACGCGCCGCCGGAGCGCCGCGACGGGAUCAAGCAGGAGUGCCCCAGCCCGGACACGGGGCCAAUGCCCGUGAAGAAGAUGAAGGUGGAGCCUCUCCUCACCUGACCUGGACUGUCCCUGUCUCACCUGGGCUGCUUUUCCUACCGACUUUUUUUUAUACCCUUAAAUAUUGUCCCUUUUUUUAUGUCAGUAUUAAACAUACUUGAAUUGUG